GCGGCAGCAGCAGCAGCAGCAGCAGCAGCAGCAGCAGCAGCAGCAGAAAGAGAGAAGAAACAAGGGAGAGAAAGGGGAGAGAAGGAGCGCUUAGUGAGCAUGCAUCAGUAUCGCUAAGGGCAUAAAACGCAAAAUCAAGGCCAUACUCGCGCGUUUGCCUGUUUCAUAAUAGUUUCAGCGUGAGGCUGUCAACGAGGUUGGGGGGGGGGGAAAAGCGGCCAGUGCUGCAACAACAGAUCACUCGCCAACCGAGACGUUGGAGUUUCAGCGUCCAUGUGCAAGCUCUGAGUAUUGUGUGAUUUCUCAGCACGGCCACACCCUCAGCUUGCCAAACCCCCCUCAAUCAAAACUCUCAGUCCUUUUGUUUGUGUUUUUGUUUCAAUCUCGAAACCGUCACUCAAACGUUCAACACAAUAACGCAAUAACGCAAUGUCUGCGACGCCCGUGCCUCAGCUGGGCGAUUUCAAGGCGUACAUUGCGUCGAUCGACACGUUCAUCCUGGACUGCGACGGAGUCAUCUGGCAGGCGGACAAGCUGAUUCCCGGUGUCAAGGAGACGCUGCAGGCGCUCAAGCAAGCGGGAAAACGCGUCGUCUUCCUCACGAAUAACAGCUCCAAGUCGAGAGCCAUGUAUGUGGCCAAAUUCACAAGCUUGGGUCUGGAUGUCUCAGUGAAUGACAUUUUCGGCUCGUCCUUCGCAGCGGCAGACUACCUGCGUCAAAUCAAAUUUGACAAAAAGGCUUACGUGCUUGGUGCUCAAGGUUUGCUUGAUGAAUUGACGAGCGUGGGCGUUCAGUAUGUCGGAGGUUACAAGGAGGACACUGUCAAUCCAUGGACCUCUAUUGACCAAGGCUACGUGGAAGACAAUCCUGAGAUUGGCGCUGUGGUGGUUGGAUUUGACCCCGCCAUCAAUUACUUCAAGCUGGCGAGAGCGUACACUUACAUCCAACAGCCUGGGUGCCUCUUCAUUGCCACGAAUCAUGACUCGACGUUUCCUGCCAAGGGAGGCCGUCUACUUCCAGGAACGGGCACAAUCGUCUCGGCUCUUGAAGUCGCCCAUGGGUCAAACGCGCUUGUGAUGGGCAAGCCCAGUCACUUUAUGCUGGAUUGUGUUAAGACUGCAAUCGGAUAUGACCCUGCAAGGACGGUGAUGGUCGGUGACCGUCUCGAUACAGAUAUUCAAUUUGGUCUCAAUGGAAACUUGCACACAUUGCUCGUCCUGACGGGCGUGACAUCCCUCGAAACGCUGCAGUCCACCAGCAACGCGAUUCGACCAGAGUUUUACACCCCGAGCUUUGCGGAUUUGCACGCUGGCCUCCGAGGCGACUAGGCUCAAGUGCCCCAGCUCUGCCAUUCCACUCCGUAACAAGGACGAAUUGAAUCUAUUGAUGUGACGAUUACAUGCGAUGCGAUGCGAGGGUGGGGCACAUCGCUCGUGACUAUUUGCUGAAGAGUAAACUUGGAUCUUCCUUUUUUUUUUUGUUUGUUGUUUGUUUGUUGUUGUUGUUGUUGUUGUUGUUG